AUGUCGACCCCGACGAACGCCUCGAAUGGCCGCACGCCAACUGGGUCCAACGGCGUUCCGCCCAUGAGAAUUCGCCGUCCCAAAGCCGCAGAUCCCCUCGUUCGUCCAAAGCGAAGGCUUGUGAAGCCCCCUGGAGCUGCCGCUGGCGGAAACACGGCAACAAAAACCCUGCCCGCACGCCCUUCCGCCCCCGGCGCUCUGUCGCUAGCGCAGCCCGAGAGACCUCGACCACCGCCUGUUCAAGAUGAACACGCGGUAAACGGAUUCAGUGGGCCUCUUCUCUCCCAGAAGUACGUUGACUACCCUUUGGUCACAACUAAGAAAGCUCUGCGCGAGGGGUUGAAGCACCACAUUGCGCGAUUCUCGUCUAAGCGGCCGGUCGACCCGCGUGAUGAGUCGCAAUUUACGCGACCUGUCAGGCUUCAUCGCCGCGACCCGCGCGCCCGAACCCAUGACCCACAUGCCGAGAAGAUGGUCGGACCCGACGGCCAGCAGCUGGACGAAGCGGAGAGGGAGGCCCUGGAUGCCCGGAGAGCGGCGCGAGAGAAGGAGCGUGCUCAGAACAUGGCGCAAAUUGCGCCCGCAGUCGGGUCAUCUGCCAAACGACCGAAUGCUCCCAAGCAGAAAACCCAACAGGUCUUCAAGUCCGACAUGACUAAGGAGGAGAUCGCCAGAGCUCGCAUCAAGUAUGAGGAGGCACUACCCUGGCACAUAGAGGAUUUCGAUAACCGUAACAUCUACGUGGGAAAUUAUGAGGCAGCGUUGUCGGAGACUCACGCGGUAUUUGUCCUCGAAAACACCGGCAGAAUGCGAAUGAUCCCGGCCGAGAAGUGGUACAAGUUCAGCGCCAAGCAGCAGUUCAAGGCUUUGACCAUCGAAGAGGCUGAAAAGUACAUGGCAAAGCGAAGCAAGGAUCCCCGAUGGUUCAUGGAAAAGCAGCAGGAGAUUCAAAUGAAGAAAGAACUGGACGGGUAUGCCCAGAAGCGCAGGGUUUACGCCGGAAAACAAGGUGGCCUGUCUGGUCGAGAAGGGUUGGAAGCAAGCGAAAUGGACUUUGAAGAGGACCGGUUCGCGGAUGACGAAGAGCAUGCGGAUCUCUUCAAUGAACAGGAUGAGGACACCAAGGCAGCGGAACAGCGAAUCAAGGAGGAUCAAUUGAAGGCGAAUGUGUUCGACCUCAAGGAAGAGAAGGACUACGAAGAUGAGGAAGAGCGCGAGAAGAAGGAGCGUGAAGCACGCCGAGUUCUAGGCAAGAAAGUCCGAAAGGCACUGAAGAAAAGAGAGAGAAACUUCGACUACAGUAGUGGUUCCGACGUCAAUCCAUAUACCGAUGAAGAGAGCUCCGAUGACAGCGAGGCCGAACGGCAGAAGGAAGAAGAACGGAAGAAGGAAGAGGAACAAAAGGCCGAGGAGGAAAAGAAUCAGAAGGACUCAGCCACAUCCACCAAGGGCAGCAAUACGCCCUCGGGUCGUCCGAAGCACACCGAUGCUUUGAAGAAACCAUCCGGAUCCCGCAAGCGUCUGGGUUCACCAGGCUCGGACGCGAGCGGCACCGACUCCUCUCGAAAGAAGCCGAAGAACAAGCACCCGACUUCCCAACCCGUGUCGCGUCCUAUUUCUCCAUCUGCAACUUCCCAGGCCGGUAAGAAACGAAUUCGAAACAACCCUCUCGGCGGCCCCGGGUCCGGCAGUGAUAUCGAUAUCGGCGCUGGAUCCGGUGGCGAGAUGAGUGAGAGCGGCAAGACCAAGAAACUGAAACUGAACCUACCCUCAGCCACUUCGCGCGGAGGUACACCGCAGGGAUCCCGAGCUGCCAGCCCUGUCGCCGGUAACCAGAGCUUUUCCGGCGCCGGUCGCUCCACCCCCGCGCCAUCUGGAAACCAAUCUUUCCCCACGCCAGCCGAGAUCCACGCCGCAAUUCCGGCCACCGGAAUUCUGAGCAGCGACCUCUUGCGGAUCUUCCGGCCGCGUAUCGGCGAAUCGAGGGAGAACCAUCGCCGUUUCAUCGCAAUCGUUAAGGACGUCAGCUCCUACGGCAAGGAGGACCGGAUGCUGCGACCCGGGAGCUGGAGUCCGAACUAA